AUGACAAUGUGUAACUCAUUGGAUGGGCACUGCCAGUGCCCUUGUUCCAAGGCUAAACGGGAGUCCUUGUGGCAGACCCCAAAGACAAGAAGUAGCUCCUCUGAAGUGCCUCAGAAAGUGUCCCCUCGUGGUGGACGCCAACCCAGGCCUGCUACGCUAGACACUGCAUCUUCAUUAAACCAAGCUAACAAAACUUCAAAGGAUAAUAGAAGUCCCAAAAUCACCGAGCGCAGAUCACCCAGAAGUCCAGCUCCAGAGAGGAAGCGUCCUAGCAGAAUAUCUGAAUUAGAAUCUCAGAUUUCUCAACUCAAAGAGGAUUUGAAAGUUGUGAGGAACCAGCUCAGUUUGUCCGACUCAUCCAAGAAACAAGCUCAGCAAGAUGCUGAAGAGUCCAAGAAACAACUAGUUGCCGUAUCUGUAAAACUUGAAGACUCUCAACAGCAACUUCUGAAGUUCUCUGCUACAGAACAAGCUCGUGUUAUCGAGCUCCAGAAAACUAUAGAAGAGCAUGAUAAGGCGUGGCAAUCCGAACUCAAGGCUGCCCAACAGAAACUCUCAGACAACACUGAUGCACUGACCUCUGCCAUCGAUGAAAUUCAGCAGCUAAAGGUUCAACUUGAAUUGGUAGCUAAUUGUGAGAAUGCACACACCCAAAUUGCAGAAUCGUCAGACGUGGAAUUACUUAACUUGAAGGAUAACUUGGCAGAAUCUCUUUCCCUCGUGGAGAACAUGAAAAAUCAACUCAGGGAUUCUAAAGAGUCAGGUCAGGCACAAGCUUUGGUCAAUGAGACUUUGCGGCAACUUGAGGCUGCAAAACGAACUGUUGAGUUCCUGAGAGCUGAUGCUGCAAAAGCUGUGCAUGGCUACAACUCUGCUGCUUUGGAGUUAGACCAAUCUAGAGCACGGGUGGACUCGCUUGAGACACUAGUAAGCAAACUUGAGUUUGGCUUCAUUAGUAACAAAUGCAACCAUUCUUUAAAUCUUGCAGAUGAUGGGAACAUAGAGCUGAAAACUGAUACAUUGCAAAAGGGUGAGGCUCCUAAUCGCAUUGAAGAAGAAAUUUAUUCUCUGAGGUCUGCCAUAGAGACUGCUGAGAUUAAGUACAAGGAAGAACAGAUUCAGUGUUCAUUGAAGCUCAGGAAAGCCUACGAGUUGAUUGAGCAGAUAAAAUCAGAAUCAAGCCAGAGGGAAUCCGAGCUAGAGGCAGAAUUGAAAAGAAAGAAUGUUGACAUUGAACACUUGAAGGCUAACCUAAUGGAUAAGGAAACUGAGUUGCAGGGCAUUGUGGAGGAGAAUGAGAAGUUGAAUUUGCAGCUUGAAAAGAGCAUGUCAUCCCAAAGAGAACUUCAACUUAAAAAGGAGAUUCGAAAACUAGAUGAAUGUGUGGCUGAGUUGAAGGGUGAUCUAAUGGACAAGGAAACAACAUUGCAAAACAUAUCUGAAGAGAAUGAAAUGCUGAAGUUGGAGAUCAGUAAGAGGUUUGCACAUGGUGGUAAAGUGGGGGAGGAAUUUGUUGCAGAACUUGAGGCAGCUAAGGCUGCGGAACGUGAGGCUGUUAUGAAACUUGGUAUUGUGAUGGAAGAUGCUGAAAGGAACAACCGAAAGGCGGUGAGGGUGGCUGAGCAGCUGGAAGCAUCUCAGGCAGCAAAUUCAAUAAUAGAAGCUGAACUGAGAAGAUUGAAGGUACAGUCUGAUCAAUGGAGGAAGGCUGCAGAGGCUGCUGCCGCUAUGCUCUCAGCAGGGAACAAUGGGAAGCUGACUGAAAGAUCAAUGUCUUUAGACAACAACUAUAACUCUAUAAUGAAUAAGUACUCACCUUUCUGUGAAGAACUUGAUGAUGAUUUCCAAACCAAGAAAAAUGGGAACAUGCUGAAGAAGAUUGGCGUCUUGUGGAGGAAACCUCAAAAAUAG